AUGUCUUCUGAUAACAAAACCGUCGUCUUCGAGAGUCUUAAAACACUCCACGUUCAAAACGAAGAUUCAAAGAAUGAUUUCUUUUCCGAUGAUUCUUAUGGGGAUGAUUUCUUUGCCCCCGAUUCAUUCUCUGAUAUGUUUGGAAGUGAAUUUUCUGAAGAGGAACUUAUGGAAAUGUUACAAAAAAUUCACGAUAAAGAUGAAAAACAAGGAACCAAGAAUCAAAGCCAAGAAGCUUUUUAA